UUAGCCAAAUACAUUUAAACUAUAUAUAUAUAUUGGCUAUAUAUAUAUAUAUAUAUUGUGCACAAUAAAAAAAUGUAUACCAUGAAGAAAAGCAAUUAUGAGUCAACAUCUAAUUAUUGCUCCAGCGUUGAUCAAAGGGCAGAUUUCUUAUACUCUUGAUCUGACUGAGAUCUAAUCGUGUCUGCCUCUUUCCAAACGAGUGGAAUCAUAAACAGUGGUUUGUUCGUUAUGUUCGCCUGCGUCCCCUGGAUUUGCCUCACAGAUUUGCCUUUUUAGCAGCACAUUCACCACUCUCUCAAGCGUCUAACUAAGCCCUCUCGCUGCACAGGUCGAGGGUGACCUGAAAUAAACUACCCCAUUUCUCAGUCAGCUCAAUAGGCAACUAGUCUAGAGAUGCUGCUGACAGUGUGUUUGCGGGAUGUCGGACGAAAGGCAAUUUUAAAGCCGUCCCGUGACUCCUGACGUGUCUAUAGACAUCCCUACAGACUCUCAGAAAGUGCCCAACUGGUAAAUAGUCACUUAUAGAUAUAUCAGUCAGGUGGCUAUCUGCCAGCAGAUACUUCUAUUGCAAUAACAUUGAAGGUCUCUGGUUAGUAUUACUUAUCUAGCUAGAAGGAUGAAAUAAGAAGCUAAUGUUAAACGGAGCCUACCUCAGCAGGAGCAAAAAAUACACUACUAAGUUCUAAUAAAAACAUUGCUUUAAAGAGAGUAGGCUCCUGAGACAGACAGUGAUGUGGCGCUCAGUGGUGAGGCUGAGAGAGUCCCCCCCCUUCUGGACCUCACUAAAACAAAAAUCCUAGUUAUGGCCCUGUGUCUCAGGGGAUGGUUGUCACCUGGAAUAUGGGGUUGGUUGUCAUUAUCAACAUUACCACUGCCAGUAUACAAUAAAUUCCAAGCUUUUUUUGUGCUUGUGCUAUAAAGAGCUCCCUUCAUUGCCUCUCUUUCAAACACAUAUUUUUUCGGUUACAAAACCACACACACACACACGCACACACACGCACACACACACACGCACACGCGCACACACACACAUGCAUAAAAGCUGAACAUGCAUACACAAAUUUACUCAAAAUGUCAUGUUAUUCUUAAGGCAUAAAUGCUGAAUUUUGUUAGGAAUAUCGUUCAACCAAAGAAAGGCUAUUUCUAAGACUCUGUUUAUUUCCUGUUGCAAAAGGAAUGAGCUACUAGCAAACAUUGUGACGACCAACCCCAUAGUGUGACAUCCAACCCCGCAAUGGGUCUGCUUGUCAGAAAUUGACAGAGUGUGUUUGAUGGCAAAUAACUCCAAGUUGGUAUAAGAUAUGAGGAUAAAAAUGUUCCCAUUUCAACCCAAGACCUUGGUCUUUCUAAUAUUGAAAAGAGUCUUGUAAGAUAUAUUGGUCCUGAGAAAUACACAUGAGAGUAAAACGUGUGAAAACAACCCCGGUCUCCCCUACAAAUGAUUUAUGUUCACUACACACUACACCAUUACAAACUCAGUAUGACAUCUGAAAGCUGAAAGCUUACUUCCUUUGUGGCAAGCCCACAUUUAGUUUUGUAUUAUGUAACAAUCCUUUUGAUUGAUUCCGGGUUGAUUUGAUGAUCCCCUUAAACAUAUGGAUUAUUUUUAUAUGAUUACCCAAGGCAUGUGUUUCACAUUUUCUUCUCAAAAAAGUGAUUGAUCAAAUGAACACCAACUGCCCUUGAAAUCUAUGUGAAACAUGACAAAAUUUUACCAGAUGGCUCAUAUGUUGAAUGUUUAGUAUGAGUAUAGUAUGUCACAAAUGUAUCAUUCCCAUAUUCAAGUCUGCUGUGGCUGUACAGAUUGACAUGAGGACAAAGUGAAACUCUGGGGGUAGUACACGCUGUAACUGUAGGAAAUAUGUCUGGAGUAAGUACAAGUAGCAGGUGAGUGCUGUAAAUUACUCUGAUUGCAAAGACAUUGCAGCUGAAUUGCCCAGAUGUCCACUCCACGUAUACCUCCAAUCUUGAGAGGGGAUCAGAAUCAGAUCCUGAAAGAGCUGGUCUCCAUGUCAUUGUUUUCCAGGAAAUGGUUCCAACAGGAGUCAAAAUCCAGCUGAUAGACAUGCUCUCAGAAACAGGCCUGUCUGUGAUCGAGGCCACCAGUUUUGUGUCUUCAAAGUGGGUACCGCAGGUAAUAACUCUUCUUUGUGUGCCCAGAAAGUGUGCUGAGUGAUUUUAUUAGGCUCUUAUUGUUCUCCCCAGGACUACGAAGGGGAAACCUGCUUCUCCAUCAUCACAGUUAUUCCCUAGACCCGCAGAUGUUUUGGGGGGGAAAUCCUUCUUAUUUAUUUUUUAUUUCAACUCUAUUUAACCAGAUGGCGGACCACACUGAAGUACUUCAAGCCAUCCACAGAUCUUCUCAUGUUCGUUAUCCAGUUCUGACACCCAACAUGCAUGGCUUUCAGGAUGCUGUUGCAGCUGGUGCUACUGAAGUGGCCGUGUUUGGGUCUGCAUCUGAGACCUUCAGUAGGAAAAACAUCAACUGCUCUAUAGAUGAGAGCAUUCUGAGGUUUGAGGAAGUAAUUUGCACUGCCAAACAACGACAGAUUCCAGUCCGUGGAUAUGUUUCUUGUGCACUAGGAUGUCCAUAUGAGGGACCCAUUGAAUCCACUAAAGUUGCAGAGGUGGUGAAGAGGUUGUAUGAACUGGGCUGCUACGAGGUGUCUCUGGGGGAUACUAUCGGCGUAGGCACCCCAGGCUCCAUGGCCAAGAUGUUACACAGCGUCAAGAAGGAGGUACCCAGCAGCGCUCUGGCCGUUCACUGCCAUGACACUUACGGCCAGGCCCUGGCCAACAUCCUAACCGCACUGCAGAUGGGGAUUUGUACAGUGGACUCGUCUGUAGCAGGUUUGGGAGGGUGCCCAUAUGCCCAGGGGGCCUCUGGCAACGUGUCAACAGAAGAUGUUCUCUAUAUGCUCCAUGGGAUGGGCAUUAAAACCGGAGUGGAUCUCUCCAAAGUAAUCGAGGCAGGUGACUUCAUCUGCAAAGCCUUAAACCGCAAGACCAACUCCAAGGUAGCCCAAGCAAGAGGCGAUUACUCUGUGCAUUGCCACAUGAAGAAGAUAAAUACUUGACACCUUGUCCUUUUGAACAUUGUUCCUUUUCAUGCUGCAUAUAGAUAGCAAAUUAUACAAUACAAAGUGCACUAUACUUCAUUUUUUGGACAAAAAUGUGUAUCCAUUUAGCAGAGGCACUUUAUUAAAGUGUUAAUGGAUAAGGCCUACUUAAAUUCAAGAAAUAACUGUAAACUUUUCAAACCAAAUAACUUGUAUCACUGUAUAGUCUGUCUGAUAGCAGGCAAAAGAGAUGACUCCUCACUAAGUUGGGAAAGUUAUUCAUGAUGUUUCUGUUUGGGGUCUCUUCCCAUUCAUUUCCAUCUCAAUGUGGUUACAAUUAGACAAGGGGACCUGAGAGGGUUAAGGGAGUCCUGCUGGGUUUAAAACCAGUGUGGGUCGAUCAUUAUCUCCCUCAAAAUGUAUUUUCAUUUCCUAAGUCGCUUGCUCUGUCAAGAUGGAAGUAUGUCUGCCUUCACAUGUGAAAUAUGUAUUUGUUGUCUCUCUCUUCAUCCUUCUAACCAGUGCAUGACCCCAUUCCAUAAGUUGGAUAAGGUCAUUCAUUAAUUGUAUUUUUUAGAGUUAAAUGGACAGUAGUUGGCAGCUUUAUGUUGAACUAUUGUAUUUGCAAUAGUCAGAAGGGACAAAUGUAUUUUAGCUGGUGAAGCAUCUCAUCCGCUACUUUUGGUAGAAGUAGGCCUGACAAUAUCUAUAAGAACACUGAACAAUAUCAAAUAUUGGUAAAUUAAAUCCCGACAUUAACUGUGUUGUAUAACAAAGCAUUUAACCUCCUAUCCACUAGACAGUCCUCCUUUUUAAACGCCUUACUCUCGCAGAUAAGUUGAGCAAAUGUCAAUAUCCAUGAGUAAAGUAUUUUAUUAAUUUGCUUUUUAAUAGUAAUGAAUGUACUGUAGUAUUAUGUAUUGUGUGAGUAUUAUGUAUUGAGUGACAAAGUGCUAUAAUAAUAAGUAAUAUAUUGAAUGUAUGUAGUGCCUUUAUUCUAUGGGUUCAAGAAGAGUGGCAUAUAUGGUAUACAUUAAAUGAAGAGUUAAUAGCUAAUAAAUAGUUAGAAAAGUAACUUUGUUUUUGCAAACCAAGGUAACAUACAUCAUGGCUUCCCUUUUCUAUUGUACUUGGAUUGGAGAAAAUAUCAACAGAAAUACACUGAAGGGUGUUAUGGUAAACCACGGUGAAUCCAACAUGCCUAUUACAUAAAGAUAAUAAAGGUUGAUUAAACAAAGUUGUUUACA